AUGACUCAUGUCCGGUUCAAAGAUGCAUCAUCAGGAUACAGCUGCUGGCAUUAUUUCUGUGUGAAAAGGUGCAUGUUGCCAAAGGAUGAAUAUGUAAAAAAUGCAAAGAGCAAGGAAGAGUCAGCCAAGCCAAAGGCGAGAUGCGCGGCCGGUGUUUUCUAGCAGCAGCUCAUGACGGAGCCACGGUGAACUCGUGUGCCCAAGGCAAGGGCCGGAUCUGCUGCCAUUGCCGCCUCUGCUCUGCCAGACCGGGCAGCAUUGGGCCCUCCAGAGCCGGGGGCCCGAGGCAGCGCUCAGAGCCGCGGCCCCUGUCCCGGCGGAACUUGCGCACAGGCCGCCGCUCCCCUUCCGGCAGCCGCGGCGGCGGGGCCCGGCGGGAGGCGGGCUGAGAUGGCGGCUGCCGUGCUCCUGCUGCUGCUGCUGGGCUGCUGGGGCGCGGCGCCGGCCGGCGGCCUCCAGGAUCAAGCAGAGCAGUUUUUUAGAAGUGGACAUACAAAUAACUGGGCAGUUUUGGUAUGUACAUCUCGAUUCUGGUUUAAUUAUCGUCAUGUGGCAAAUACUCUUUCAGUGUACAGAAGUGUCAAGAGACUGGGCAUUCCUGAUAGUCACAUUGUCUUGAUGCUGGCAGAUGAUAUGGCAUGUAAUCCCAGAAAUCCCAAACCUGCUACUGUGUUUAGUCAUAAAAACAUGGAGCUAAAUGUCUAUGGAGAUGAUGUGGAAGUGGAUUACAGAAGCUAUGAGGUUACCGUUGAAAAUUUCUUGCGUGUUUUAACGGGAAGAAUCCCACCAAGCACGCCACGAUCUAAACGUCUUCUUUCUGAUGACAGAAGCAAUAUUCUAAUAUAUAUGACAGGCCAUGGUGGAAAUGGUUUCCUAAAAUUUCAAGAUUCUGAAGAAAUCACAAAUGUAGAGCUUGCUGAUGCCUUUGAACAAAUGUGGCAGAAAAGGAGGUACAAUGAAUUGUUGUUUAUUAUUGAUACUUGUCAAGGAGCAUCCAUGUAUGAACGAUUUUAUUCACCCAAUAUAAUGGCCUUGGCUAGCAGCCAAGUAGGAGAAGAUUCUUUAUCACAUCAGCCUGACCUGGGGAUUGGCGUUCAUCUCAUGGACAGAUACACAUUCUAUGUGUUAGAGUUCUUGGAAGAAAUUCAUCCAGCCAGUCAGACAAAUAUGAAUGACCUAUUUCAGGUCUGUCCAAAAAGCUUGUGUGUUUCCACCCCUGGGCACCGAACCGACCUGUUCCAGCGAGACCCUCAGAACGUUCUGAUUACAGAUUUCUUUGGCAGUGUCAGGAAGGUGGAGAUCACCGCAGAGACGCUUUCCUUGGACCGCGACGUGGCUGCGUUUGAGAGCAAGUUUCCAGAGGAGGAGUUGGCAACAGAGCCACUAAAAUAUGCUGAACAACUUCCUGUAGCUCAGAUAAUACACCAGAAACCAAAACAAAAGGAUUGGCAUCCUCCUGGAGGAUUUAUUUUAGGACUCUGGGCAUUGAUCAUCAUGGUUUUCUUCAAAACAUAUGGAAUCAAGCACAUGAAACAUGUCUUCUGAACUGGAGCAAACAAGACACAUUGGCUGCUACUUUGGGUUCUUGGGUAUCACCUGUGUUGUCUGCAUGUGGAUUAUGGUUGUGUUGAAACACUGUGUUUGCAUCUCCCCUUUAAAGGUUCUUUUGAAGCCAUCUCUUCUGCCCCUUUUUCUGGAAAGAUUCUAACAAAUGGUUUUAAUGUUACUGUUACUUCACUUUGUCUUGAUUUAAACAUAUUUUAAUGGGUUUCUGAGCAAUUUUUCUUUCUGGUUAAAGUUUAAAAAGGGCAGGACCUAAACCCAGUAAAAGGAUUUCUGUGAUUGCUUCUGGAUUGUAAAUGGGCAAAUUCUUUCCACUGUACUUUGAAGUACAUCUUAGAAGAAGUCACCUAUUACUAAAGAACUGGACAUUGUGGAGAAUGUUAUUUAAGAUGUCAUUUUCUCAAUAAAAAUUUGACCCACUUUGCAGACUUUGGCAUGGCAUAUUGGAAGCUUUCUUCACAAAAAUAAAAAUACUCUGGAAUAUAUUGAUUUCUUUUUUCUUAUUAUUUUUUCUUCCCUGUCAAAUGCAACCCUUCGAUCAGUCCUUUCACCUUAGGCAGUUUUGAUUCUAGAAUUCUAUGAGUUGGUGAAAGUGAAAAGAAAAUUAUGGCCUUGCUGAAUCUACUUAAAAAGGUGGCCAAAAACAUGAAAGGACUUGACCACAUCCAUUAGAAACCCUUCACAGGUGUUGCAUUUUCACUGCAUACAAUAUGGAUUUGGAUGC